AAAAAAGUGAAGCAAGAUCUUGAAGAAAAUUCUUUUCCACGAAAUUUAUCCUAUUUUGAGAAGAUUUUAUACCAGCAUUGUAAAGGGAAGACAUUUUUCUUUGGUGACAAGGUAUACAUAUUAAUUACUUUUUAUUAGUUUUUAAUUACGACUUAAAAUGUACGCCAUAUACAGGGUGUCCCAAAAAAAAGUGACACUAUAGAAAUUAUCUCAUUGUUCUUAAGCCGCUCUUAAACGCGCGUGAUUACACGCCUUCAUGGGAAUUUAAUGAACUUGUAUUUACAUUUAAGCAUUUUAAAACGUUUUCGCUUUGUCCAAAUAUUUUAACGCCCGAGUCAAGCAAAACGAUUACACUAAUAAACGGUUUGCUUUUUUAUUAUGCACCUGUGGGAUCAACUUAGUGCUAGGGCAUUCAAAUUAUAACAAUAGGAUAAUUUCUAUAGUGUCACUUUUUUUUUAGACACCCUGUAUAGUUAUCUGAUUCUGGGUAGAUUGGAAAAUGUCGCAACAAUUUUUUUCAACGAAAUUUGCAGUAACCACUGAGUAUUUUAUAAUAUUAAUAAAAUACAGUACCAUGGAAACUCAAAAAGUUUCGUUUUUAUUAUAAUUCUACAUUUCGACAUGAUAGUCCUCGAGAAUUGAAUUAUGAAAGCGCGCAACUAUAUAAAAAUUUACAAGUUAUAUAUACAUGCAUCAGGUGUGAUAUAUAGUUGAUAAGAAAUCUGACGACAUAUUUAAUAUAAUUAAGAUAACAAGUUUUUUCGAUACUGUAGUCCCGUCGUGUAGACUUUGUCCGUGGAUAUGUAAAAGCUUCUUUAUAUAAUAGGAACGACCAGUGUCUAGACUCUAGAUUUAUGAAUAAUUGAGAUUUUAUAAAGAGAACGUCUAAUGAACUAAUCCUAUGUUCAAAGGGAUUCAUAAAGUGACUGCCAGCAGAGGCUUAGCCAGGGGGGAGUACCCCCACUUUUCUUUCAAAAUCUUUCAAAACUGAGGAGAAACUGGGGAGGGGGGUGUAUAAUAUACAAAAUCUGUAGCUUUCAGAUUAUUUAGUAUACAACAUGUCUAACUUGCAUGAAAUAGCGAUUCGUAGGCCCUUAAAAUAGAAAACUUUUCCGAGGGACCAUGCUUCUGGACGGACGGACAAUUAGACCUCCGUACUCGUUUUGGACUGACUAUAUCCUAGGCUGCCAGCUUGCAGAGGCGCCGUUAGAUAUAGCCUUCGACUCAACCAGGUUGAGAUACGUCCUUCGCAAUACAUCAUUUCGAUAAUUACGUCACAAAUUUGUCGUUGGCCUGGGAGCCAGAGGCUCAAAAAUACGAAAAUGUUCUAUGUGUGAACCCACAAGAUUCCCCCUUGUACUUUAUCACUUCAACCCCUUAUUGUUGGAUCGUUUUCCCUUGAUACUUCCCCGCCGACAGAAGAAUUCCUUAUACUAAGGAACACUUUUAGAUUGAGAGAUAGCAUAACGGGCCAUGUACGUUGUACCUGAGGCCCUUUUAAUAAAACGGCUCUUUUUAAAAAAAGAGGUCGUAAGGUACAACAUUUGAACAUUGAAAGUGGAGGUGCAUAGCGCGUUGUAUUAUCUAUCAAUCCAUAAGAAUCUCUUAGGAAUGCGUUAAGUAAAAUGGAUUGGAGAAACGAUUAGAGAAACGUUGUGGUAAAAACUUGUAUAUAUAUACGUUUUCUUCACUUUUCUUCCACUGAAUGUUUAAUUUGCCAAAAUUUAUUUUCCAGAUAACCUACGCGGACAUUAACUUUUUCUGUUUUGUAAAUGGUUUUAUUAUCGCUGGGCAACUUGAAGUUCCACCAAUCUUGAACAACUAUCCAGGACUAACCAAAUUAUACACAGCAAUUCUGAAUGAACCAAGAUUGCGUGAAUACCUCGAGAAAAGACCACUUACUGAUGGUCGCUAA